AUGGGGCUUAAAUACAAGAUACUCAGACAUCCUUCUGUCGAUUCAGACGAGUCAAAAGAUGCCCUUGUCCUGCCGAGAUGGUCUUUUGAACGUAGUGAUCAUUCGAUCCUAAGCACUGAGCUGUUGUUCCGACAGUGGAAUCAGAACGACAACCAGGACACACGAUACGACGCUGGCCAUCUGAUCGAGGAGGAGGACAACAUUCAACGUAGGGAGAUUAUCGUCACCUGGGACGGCCCCAACGACCCCAACAACCCCCUCAACUGGAGCAACAGACAAAAAUGGAUAACCACCAUCCUCGUCUCCCUCUUUACCUUCAUCUCGCCCUUUUCCUCCACAAUGGUAACACCCGCAUUACCCGCCAUCGGCAAGGAAUUCAAAAUAGAAGAAGGCUUCAAGCGGCAACUCGUCAUGACAAUCUUCCUGCUGGGCUACGCCCAAGGCCCCUUUGUGCUCGCCCCCCUGAGCGAAAUCUACGGCCGCGUGACGGUGCUCCAGUACGCCAACCUCAUCUACCUCGUCUUCAACACGUGCUGCGGCUUCGCACAAACCGGGCCGCAGAUGCUUGCGUUCCGGUUGCUGAGCGGGCUCGGGGGCGCGGCGCCACAAGCUUUGUGUAGUGGCGUGUUAGCAGACACAUGGAGCAAAGAAGAACGCGGCAAAGGCCAGGCCAUCUACGGCAUCCUCACCUGGCUCGCACCCUGCAUCGCGCCCAUCUGCGGCGCCUACAUCUCCACCGCCGCAAGCUGGCGCUGCAUCUUCUACGCCACGUCCAUCUUCACCGUCUUCGUACAGCUCACUGCGCUCUUCUUCCUCGCAGAGACCUUCGCCCCGGCUAUUCUGGCUAAGAAAGCGAAAGCCAUGCGCCGCGAUACUACUACUACUACUACUACUACUACUACUACUACUGCUGCUGCUGCUGCUGCUGCUAUGCAGGAUGGGAAUGUAGUUGUGAUCCGCACCGAGUUCGAGACGGGAGACCGCAUGAGCAGGAUUCUGAAGAAGAAGUUGGUGCUCCCGUUCAUCAUGAUGUUGACGCAUCCGGCGACGCAGGCGCCGUCGCUGUAUCGCGCGUUUUUGUAUGGGGUUAUGUAUUUGAUGCUGUCGACGUUUCCCUUGGUGUUUGAAGAGGCGUACGGUAUGAGUGUUGGAAACGCAUCUUUGAACUAUCUCUCGUUGUGUGCAGGGUUUAUGGUUGGGUUGCAGAUUUCGCAUCCGCUCAUGGAUGGGCUCUACGCUCGCAUGAAAUCUUACUACAAGCUCACUGAAGGUCUCCCUGAAUUCCGCGUCCCGCCCAUGCUCAUAGCAGGCAUUUUGUGUCCGAUCGGGCUCUUCAUAUACGGUUGGACGGCACACUACCACAUCCACUGGAUCGUGCCAAACAUCGGUGCUGCGAUUGUGGCUGUGGGUCUCAUCAUUGGGUUCCAGUGCUCUCAGGCGUAUACGACAGAUGCGUAUGAAGCGCGGUAUGCGGCGUCGGCGGCGAGCGUAGGUGCGUUUAUGCGGACCAUGUGCGGAUUUAGCUUUCCGCUGUUUGCGCCGCAGAUGUAUGAGAGCAUGGGUUUGGGGUGGGGGAAUAGUUUGUUGGCGUUUUUGACAUUAGGACUGGGCUUGGUGGGGCCCGUUGGGUUGUGGUUUUAUGGGCCAAAGUUGAGGAAGAUGAGUUGGAGGGGGUUGGAUUGA